GCAGCGAGAUCACGUGAUACGGUAGCAACGCCAUUUGCAUCUUGAAAGUCGCGUCGGAAGGAAGUUUAUAUGUGACGUUGCGUCGUUUUACAAAUAGAUUUUACAUUAAAAAUUUUUAAUGUCAUUCGAAAAUUAGUAGUGUAUACAUCCUGUGUAUCAAAUAGUAUCAGAAUUUUCAUAUAAAAGUGAAGAGUUAUAAAGAUGGAACAUUUUACACAUCAUUCUUCAUGCGACGUAUGGCAGGCCUUCUGUCAUGGUUUCUUAACAGCAGUCUUCCAAAGAAAAUAUUGCUCCUAUUGGUGCUCCUUGCCGCGGCUCUAUCCCAUUGUGACUCUGCCGCCUUGAAUUGUGACUCGGGUAUAUUACAGUGCGUGGACUAUUGCUUCCGUGAGCUGACACCGUGUGUGACGCUGUUCUCUGUGAGACUGUGGUGAAACAUUAAAGAAAAUUCUUAGAGAAGAUAGACUGGUUAUAAAUUGAUCGAUUGCCUGACCAUGGAUUGGAGACUCGGAUUGCUGUUGUUGACCUGUCUUCUCGUCGACGGCACGGUAGCGUUGAGGAUGCUGGAGCUGGUGGUUCCCCAGCACGUGGUCCGUGGCCAGAACAUCAAGUUGGAGUGCAACUUUAACCUGGACGGUGAGACGUUAUACUCGGUAAAAUGGUACAAAGACGGGAACGAGUUCUACCGAUACGUGCCGCAGAACAUGCCGCCUGUGCUCGUCUUUCAGCUGCCAGGUGUCACGGCGAACAUUCACAAUUCGACCGAGAGAUCGGUCGUUCUCUAUUCCGUGAACCUAAUGAGCACCGGAAGAUACAGAUGCGAGGUGUCAGCCGAGGCGCCAUCCUUCCAAACGGUCUCCGAUCACUCGGACAUGCUGGUAGUGGCCCUACCGGAAGACGGGCCCAUUAUCACCGGAAGGCCAGGAAGGCAUCGUUAUCAAGUCGGUGACGUGGUGCGGUUCAAUUGCACUUCGGCGAAGUCUAAACCAGCUGCCAUGCUCAGCUGGUUCAUCAACGGGGACCCUGUCGACACGCAAUACUUGAGAGGGCCCCACAUCACUGAGGUAGAUCGCGAGGGUCUGGAAACCGCCGUGCUAGGUCUGGAGUUCCGUCUGCGUACGAAGCACUUCAAGAGGGGGGACCUGAAGAUCAAAUGCCUGGCAACGAUAGCGACCGUAUAUUGGAAAUCGAACGAGCUCAGCAUAGAGGGUGAAAGGCCCCUCAAGAUGCCGGUCAUGGAGAGCAGGGAGACAAGGGCGCAAGGCCAUACGCACGCGGAACAUAUCUUAGGAGGAAGCGGAAGCAGCAUGUUAGCGCCGUGUAUCUUCCUGCUGAUGACGAGUAUAUUGAUUCUACGAUAAGAAGGACACACACAACAUGGUGCCGCGUCCUUUUUUGUGCUCAUCCUUUUCAGGCCUCCAAAAACAAGUGUUAUGGAGACCACUGGUGUACUAAAUUAUCCGUGUUGUUUCUAUUUUUUAUAAUCGCAGUUAGUGGAGUUAGCGACGAUAUAGGCGAGAGAAUAUACUUAACAGAGAUAUACGUCAGUAUGUUAGAGAUUAGAAAAUGGGUGGACGCGUAAAUUCGUACUUAUUGAAUCGGGUGUGUAAAUCUCCCUGCAUCUUGCACGGAUUUUUUAUACUUUCCAUGUUUCGUUUUCUUAUAGCUUAUAGCCGUUUUUAACACUAUAACGAAAGGCUAAUUUCAAAAUUGACGAACAAUGGUUUUUUUAUACUUGUAGAAAAAUUUAGUAACUUUAAAUAUAUGAAAAACAAAAAGAUUAAAGUAAUAAAUAGAUAAUUACAUUAGUUAUCUAACCCAAAAUGCAAGAUGACCAUUACAAAUGCACAAAAAUUCGUGUCCGAUUGCAUUUUUAAUUUCGACAAUAAUAUAAAAUUGAUUAUCAAUAUAAAAGUAAUGAAACGUAAUAAAAGUAAUUAAACCUUGUAUGAUGUUAAUGGAAUUUAAAAAGUAACACAAAGUUAACGCUCAUACGGCGGAGCUAGUAUCGCGUCAGCGGCGUCAUAGUGUUAAAUCCCAGAUUCUCAAGCAAGAUGCAAAGAGAUGUAUAGUCUCGUUAAAGAAAACAUGAUCAUGGUUACUUAAAGAAGCUAUUCAAUCGUUGAUACAACACAGAGAGCAGAGUUUACAAAUCUACGUUCAUCUCAGCAUCUUCAAACUCUUGAGAGUGCGAAAUUGCAGCCCUUAUGUACUUUUUUUCCUCUCCUUCGUCUCUUACUAUUAAAAAAAGUCGCAAGCGUAAACGAACAAUUAAUAAUCAACCGGAAUGAAUGAAUGAAUGAAUGAACGAACGAACGAGCGAACGAACGCCGAGUAUAUUUAUAUUCUAAUUGUACACGAGUGUUUCUAUCGUCCAGUCACGCGAGAGAACAAGCAAAGAUUUUAGCCCCGGUGAGAGUGUUCUCUUUCGUCGUAGCUUUUAUCAAUCUAGUCGCUAUUAAUCAACAGAGAUAUGUUACCCUAGAAGUUAUUGUGAGCCGUGUGUAUGCGCGUGAAUGUAGAGUGUGUUUUACCAAAGAACAUUUUGCGCUAAAUAACAUUCCUAAUUGUUAAUUACAAGUGAAAUACACGGGGUGGUAUAAAAAGAAACCAUUACCUGCAUAUCGUAUUUUACUGUAAGAGCACUUUGUACAUAUGUACAUAAAUUGAACCGACUUUUAUCUCUAACUUAACGUUCUGAUAAAUAAAGCGGCGUUUACGUCAAUGGAUCAGA